AUGAGCCAGCUCAGGACAGCCGUCGCACUCGUCGCGGCUGCAUGCCUGGCCAGCAUUGCGUGCGAGGCCUUCGUGUCGCCGUCGGCGCGCCCUGCGCCGCUCGGUGCGGCACCCAAGGCCGCAGCUGCGGCCGGGGCGGCGCCGUCCAUGGCUGCCGGCUGGGGACUCGCAGCAGCUGGCCUGGCUGUCGGAGCCCACGCCGGACUCGCAGCCGAGACGAAGCCGGCGGAGAAGAAAUACGUAGAGACGGUCGCGGAUCAGCGUCUCUUCGAGCAGGUCUACUUGCAGUACACGUCGGAGUACUUGAAGGGCCCUCUCUACUGGCACCCGGCCCGGACAAUCACUAGUAAGCCUGGUCCUCUGCAGGGAUGGCUUCCCGACUACCCGGGCACUCCCAUGAUCAAGGAGGGCAAGUACACGAGCCAUGUGAUUGGAAACCUCAAGGCUUUCAGCUCCAACGAGCUUCUAUGGCUUGCAUUCCUCUCCAUGCUCUUCUUCGGCGUCGGCCUCUAUGGCAACCUGCAGUUCAACUUCUAUGACCCGCAGUGGGCCAAGGUGGAUGCUGGUGGCUUCUUCAAUGUGUCGUACAUUGUGGAGUCCUUCUUGCUUCCCAUUUCCUUCUUCAUGCAUAUCGCCUGCUAUAUCCAACGCCAGAACGGGAAGUGA